GAAGCAGCCUGCGCCUGGAUUAGCAAAGCCUCGUCACAUCAAACAACUUAUGCAAAUAUAAUUUCCCCAAGCCUUUUGCUGAGCUUGUUCAUACACUGUAAUCUUUUAUUACCAUAAUCUACACGCACACACACACACACACGCUCGCAAACUCAAAAAAUGCACUUCUCCACCACUGCCAUCCUUGCCAUCGCGGCUGCCCCUUUCACUGCUGCCCAGUCUGGAGGCACUCCUCCACCGUCUGCCCGCGUCGUCAACCGUUGCAGCUUCCCUGUGACGAUGUGGUCCGUCGGCAGCAGCAUCUCGGGGGGAUUCACCCUUGGGGCCAACGGAGGCACCUACGGCGAGCAGUUUUCGCGCGACCCCGUUACGGGCGGCCGCACUCUCAAGGUGACGCGAGAGUCGGACGGCCUCUUCACGGGCAAGCCGCAGCUCAACUUUGCCUACAACCUCGACGGCAGCCAGGUGUGGUACGACUUGAGCAGCGUGUUCGGCAACGCCCUGUCCGGCAGCAAGAUCGUCGUCUCGAGCGCCGAGGCCUCGUGCCCGGCCAUCGUCUGGAGCAACGGUACGCCGCCCAGCGGUAGCCAGGUUAAGGUUUGCACGUCGAGCAAGGAUGUCACCUUGACGUUGUGCGCACCUUAGGUUGAAGGUUUUGCUUUGGCUGGGCGGGGGUGGGGAGGGAACGGGAGCAUGUUUUGGUGGCAGGCUUAUUCAGGGGCUUUUUGCAUGUGUAGUGCACAAAGUAGUUUAUGUCAAUGAAGCUUUUUUUUCACUUGCCCAAGUAGGUAGCUAUGUGUUUAUGUAGUUCCAGCUUUUC